AUGUCAUCCGGAUCCCACAAGGAGGUGCGACGUCUGCUCGAUGAGUGCACCCGCCACGUCGAGAGCCUGAAGUAUCUGGAACAGGAAUUCCUCGGUAUUUCCGAUUUGUUUCUGGUUCAUUUGCUGACGACCGCCAUGGACAACACGACCAGGAUGGCAUGGGAAGGCACACAGAAGAAGGGCGUGCUACCCAAGUAUGCGCAAACUAUUAUGUUCCUGCAAUCGAGAUGUGAAAUGUUGGAGAACUGCGAAACAGCUUUCCAGAAGGUUAAUGCGCAGCCCGCUUCCAAAUCGACCCCGAAGGUACAAGCAUUCCAACCGAAAGCAAGCAACCCGAAGGUCCAUGCCGCCGCAACCACACCAAUCAGCAAGGAGGUUUGUGAUUUCUGCCAAGGUGCACAUCGCAACUACCAAUGCAAUGCGCUUGGUAACAUGUCCUUUGACAAACGGCUGGAGAAGGUACGCACAACUGGUGUGUUUUUCAACUGUCUGCGCAAGGGGCACAGCUCCAAGGAGUGUUCAUCACCGAGGUGCUGCCAAAAGUGUCAGAAACGGCAUCAUACACAACUCCACAACGACGAGGUAAACCGAGAACCGAAAGCCAACGUGUCCGUUCCGAAAGAAGAGUCCCGCACAGUUCAACCGAACAGCACGGUAGCAAACCCGCCAUCCGGAAGAGAUAUACCGAGCACAUCCUGCUCGUGUAACUACGCCGAUUCCACGAAAACUGUGUUCCUGCUGACAGCGGUUGUCAACGUGCUGGACGAAAGCAAUCAACUGCAUUCAUGCCGAGUACUGCUAGAUAGCGGCUCUCAGGUAAAUUUCGUAACAAACAAUUUUGCAAAUCUUUUAAGAAUUCAGAAGCAUCGUGUCAACGUUCCAAACUGUGGCAUCAACGACGUCAGGACUGUAGCCCACGAUAAGGUGAUGGUCAACAUCCGAUCUCGACUCACCGACUUCCAAGCACACGUGGAGUGUUUGGUUACGCCCAAUGUGACAGGUGUCAUCCCGCCAACAAGAAUCGACGUGUCAUCUUGUCCCUUCGGCGUCCAACUAGCCGAUCCGGAAUUCUACAAACCGGACAAGAUCGAUAUGCUUCUUGGUGCAGAGUUAUUCUUCAAGUUGAUGCGACCAGGACAUAUCAAACUCGACGACAGCCUUCCCGAUCUCCGUAAAACCUGCCUUGGAUGGGUUUUAGGCGGUGUAUUCACUAACACGAUCAACGCCAAUCAACCACAACAUUCGCUCAUCGUAUCGUUGGAUGACAUCGAGGAAUCCAUUCAACGAUUUUGGAGGCUCGAAGAGGUGCCAGAUUCGAGUCCUCUGACGAAAGAAGAACAGAAGUGUGAAGCCCAUUUCGUCGCCACCCACCAGCGUGAUGAAAAUGGACAAUACCAAGUGAGGCUACCGUUCAAGGAUAACGUGCACGAGCUUAGUGACUGCCGAGCGGUUGCUUUGAAGCGAUUCCAGAUGCUGCAGAGGAGGCUGCAGCGGAACCCCGAUUUGAACGAGCAGUAUGUUUAG